AUGCAAAAUCGCGCUCUUAGAAUCCCAAGAACCACUAGAGCAGCUGCGAGAAGAUUGGCACAGCCUCCGUCCGAAUCUACUCCUGCCGAUGAUUCAUCCGCCGAAGGAUCACAAACAAUCGAUUCUAUGGAUAUAGAUCAGCCGGUGGUUGUGCCUACAAUAAUCCGGUUGCGAUUUGGAAACACAAAUAAUUCUCCAGAUGCUCUGCCAACAUUAAAACGUAAACCAGGCAGACCACGUAAAAAUGUAAAUACUGAUUCAAGCCCUCCAAAGCGUAUUCGACUCAAUUUUAAAGGUAAAGCAAAGAAAAUUGAGAAUGUUCAAACAUCUGAAGAGAUAGAGACGCCAGAGAAUAAUGGCGCGCAAUUGAUGGAAAUUAUUGAUGAAUCACAGAGCAUAAGAGUUGAUAAUGAAUCACAACAGCAGCAGCAACAACUGCAACAAACAAAUAUUGAUUAUAAACAGCCAUCGGAAAGCAAAGUAAUAGCCAACGAAGAGAAUCAGGAUGAAGAGAUACUGGAUGAAAAAGGAGAGCAAAAAAUUACUAAAGAUGGGGAGCUUCUGGGAGGCCGAAAGUUUAAGGUACCAGUUUUUCAAUUGCCAACUCGUGGAAGCACCUGGUAUAUGUGUUCUAUGGAUCCGGCCAAAGUUCUUGGAUUUCGUGAUAGUUAUUUGUUCUUUACGAAAAAUCAAUCAUUAAAAAGAAUAACUGUAACCGAUGAAGAGCGCGAUUAUCUCAUUUCUACAGGAAUUUUACCGACAAUUUUUCGAAGUAGACCAAUUGCUAUUGUAUCUGCAAGGUCAAUUUUUAAAAUGUUCGGUUCGAGAAUUAUUCAAAAUGGUAAACGGCGACGAGAUGAUUAUUUUGAAUCUUCGAUUAAAUUCGAUGAUGAUCCAAGUGGUAAAGACUCGGAGGCGGAAAGCACUAUUAAAGUCCUGCCAAGACGUUCCAAUACUAGUCACAUUAUUAUUAAUGAACCAAAUAGCUGGAUGUACCAGCUCGCGCUUUCUUCUAGAGAAUUUAACAAUCGAAUGAAAAUAUGUCGGCAUGAGAGUCUUAAAUUUUAUGAUCCUCACACUAACAUCGAGCAAGUCCCUCUUAAUACACAAUCAACGCGAAUUCGGGUGGAAAUGAUAUCACCACCACUUCCAUUGUCUUCUCCGGCAAGGAAUAAUAAUACAUCUACUACAAUUAUAGAACCAGAAAUUAAGCUUUAUCCACUUCCUGCAAAUCCAUUCCAGACACUUGAAUCAGAGGUCAUGGAUGUUUUACCAGAAGAUAUAAAGAAAAUUGUUGUUGAUAUUAAAAAGAAAGAUGAAAUUGCCCGUUACGAAGAAGGAAAUAAUUCAAGAUUUCAACCUGAUCCUUCCAAAACGGUAACACCUAUGGCACCUUAUAACCCUCCUAGAGCAACCGUUACGAAUGAUGAUCAAUCUUAUAACUCGUACAAUAAAAAUUCGAUUUUAUCUCAAACAUCCAUUAAUCAAUAUACGUCAAGUAAAGCAAAUCCUCAAUUUAUCUGUGGAGUCAUAACUGCUACAACUGGACAACCAUGUAGGCGUGCUGUAACCGCUGAUGGGGAAAGAUGUAUGUAUCACAAAGAUUCCUCCAAUGUACCUGGAAAAUCUUCUAUAAAGCCCAAAUCAGAGGUUGCUCAAAUGGAUCCAGUUAUGCCAAAUAUAACUGCCGAGUCUUCCAGAGUUGUACCAGCUUUUGCAUCGAAUACGCAGUCUUUUCUUGUUCCGGAAAAUGCUUGUGCAAUAUGUUUUUCCACUACUCUUCCCACAACAAUCGCACCACCUGUGAACGGUGCACCAUGUUCAAAUACUCAUACUAUAAAAUGUUCCCAAUGUAAUCGCAAAUAUCACCCACUUUGUCUCUCUCUCACUACCCCAAGGCUUAUGGUAGCUAUGGAAACUGCGUCCCUAAAUGAUGCGGCAAGUGGUUAUCAUCAUAUUAAUGCAAAACCUGAAAAUGCAAAUUUUCCAAUUUAUUUGGCAACUAUUUGCGGCAAAUGUAAAGACAAUUUCUCUCAAGAUCGAUUUUGUCCUAUAUGUCUUAAAACAUACUCUGAAGAUGAACAAGAAAGUGAUGACGACAAAGAUAUGAUUUGUUGCGAUCAAUGUGAUAGAUGGAUUCACUCUAGAUGUGAUUCGGCUCUUACACCUGAAUUAUAUCAAGAACUGGUUGAAGUUCCUGAUACAAAGUACAAAUGCCCGCUGUGUAAGGGGCUAAUUCAAACUUUAGUUGAAGGGAGUGAAGAACAAUAUAAAGCAUUAUCUGGAUUUCCAAUGGCGAAACCAGUUGCCUUGAUCUCAGGUCGGCCCAUUCGGGGGAUUGUGAAUUAUAAAGGAAAGAAUGUGGCUGUACCUGAAAUUAGAGGUUUGGAAAAAGAUUGA